AUGCUAGAUGAGAUAGAUGGGGUGCUCUAUCGGCGGAAGAGUAUGGAGGGCCGGGAUGAGGCUUACCUUGAGCAGGUUAUAAGCGAUAAAUUGAUUCCUGAUCGUGGACUUAGUAUUGGGUUGGUAUUAGGGAGUGUAGAUGGAUUGAGUUGUAUGGGUGGUAGUAGUGGUCUGGGUGGUAGAGAUAGUUUCAGUGCCAAGUCAAAUGUAAUUAGUAAUAAGUCAAAUGUAAUUAGCAAGGCAAUUAGUAGUAGUGUUAGUUUAGGUGGUGUUAGUUUAGGUGGUGGUAGUUUGGGUGGUGUUAGUUUGGGUGGCGGUGUCAAUGUAAGUGUUAGUGUAAGUAAAGGUUUAAAGAAGAUUGGUUGUGGUGGUGGUGGUAGUAAAGAAGUGAAUAGUAAUACUGACCUAAAUGGACAUAGUAGUGUUAUUAUGAAUGUAAACAGUCAUGCUAACUUAAAUGUAAAUAGUAAUACUACUCUUAAUGGUAGUAAAGAGGGUGUUAGUAGGGAGAGUAGUAGAGAGGGUGGUAGUAGGGAGAGUAGUAGAGAGGGUGAAGGUAGUGGUAGUGGGGAGAGUGAGGGGGGUGGUGAGGUUGUACAGUCGGAAGGAGGAGAGAGUGGUGGAGAAGGGAUGAAGGAAAGUGUGGGUAAUGAGACGGGUGGAUGUUCGGAAGAAAGUAUGAAUGAUACUGUUUUGGGUAUUUGUCCUCGGCAGUUGUUUGAUUCGAAAGAUUGGCCGGGGAUUCAUUUGGCUGAGAUAGAACUGAAUGUAGAUGGUAUUUUGAAUAGACCUAAGAGUGCUCAGAAACCGCCUUAUUCUUAUGCUAUUCUGAUAAAGAAGGCUUUAUCGGAAAGUAAGGAUGGGCAGCUGAGUUUAAGUGCCAUUUAUAAAUGGAUUAAGGAGAACUUUGCUUACUAUAAGACGGCAGAUUCGGCUUGGCAGAACUCAAUUAGACAUAACCUAUCUUUGAACAAAAUGUUCUUGAAGGUUAAACGGCCGACUAGUGCUCCGGGUAAAGGUGGAUUUUGGCGCAUUAAUCCGGAGUAUGAUGCCGCGCUGGCUAGAAGUAAGCGGGAUAAAGAGAACUUCAGUAAACCAAUCUAG